CACCGCCUACUUGAGACACUAUGAUUUUCUCAAAGACUACUACACUUCUCGCGCUAGCAUCGGGGGUCUACUCCCAGUCGCAGUAUACUUCCACUGGCACAGCUGCCGUAGCCAAGGCAGCUGCUACCGCUUUGACCCUGUCCCCUACAUCGAGUGUCGCUGGUUUGACUUUCGAUCGAUUUGUUCAGAUCUGGCUAGAGAACGAGAAUUACAGUGCAGCAAUCAAGGAUACAAACCUUGCUUAUCUCGCGUCUCUGGGCAUCACACUCACAAAUUAUUUCGCCAUCACCCAUCCGUCUCAGCCUAACUAUGUGGCCGCCGUUGGUGGUAACACCUUUGGCAUCACCGAUGACAGCACCCACUAUAUCUCUUCGAGCACCAAGACCAUCGUCGACCUCUUGGAAGACGCUGGCGUCAGCUGGAGUCUUUAUCAAGAGGAUAUGCCUUAUUCUGGCUUCGAGGCAAAUUAUGUUAACCAAAAAACCGGUGCAAAUGACUACGUCCGCAAGCACAAUCCCCUGAUGAGCUACAACUCGGUAACAUCGAGUACCAACCGUCUCGCUAAAUCGAAGAACUUCACUAUGUUUAAUGAAGACCUGAACAACAACAAGCUACCUCAGUGGAUGUUCAUCACCCCCAACAUGACCAAUGAUGGCCACGAUAGUUCGCUCGCCGCGGCUGGAACUUGGUCCCGUAACUUUUUGACUCCUCUCCUCUCAAACACGAAUUUCAACACUGAUCGUACUCUGAUCAUCUUGACCUUUGACGAGGGUUUGACCACUGGAACUAACCAGGUUUAUUCUGUCCUUUUGGGUGGUGCAGUCUCAAGUGCGAAGGUUGGUACCACGGACAACACUGCGUAUAACCACUAUAGUCUGUUGAAGACCGUGGAGACCAACUGGGCCCUGGGAAACCUCGGAGAAAACGAUGUGGAUGCCACUGCUUUCUUCUAG